UUAAUCAAAAUAAUCAAAUAGAAACUGAAGAUGAUAGGUCUGAAGCUAUUACUGAUUCUGAUGAUUCUGAUGCUAUUAUAUGGCUAAUUAUUUCUGGUGCUAACUUUCUUUCUUGGAUGUCACUUAAAAAAAAUCUUGAACAUUAUAGAAAGGAAAAUGGGUUUAAACCAAUAAAAGGACAAUGA